GGACAAAAAAAGAUUUCGUCCGCUAGUGCGCAUGCGCAAUGCUCUGUUGCUACUCAGUUGUUGUAGUUACCAGGAAGAGUGGCCGCGAUGACCAACUGGCCCCCGGUGAUACCAGCUAGCUAACGGUUAGCACGCUCCAUAGAAAUAAAAGGUGGAGGCUUCAGGUGCCAUGCUCCGACCCGGACACUUGAUCCCUGCAGGAAGAUUCCACCGGGCAGCUCGUCCCCGUCCGCUGUGAGGAUGCCAGCUGUGACCCGGGACAAGGAGGACCCUGAAUCCUCCUCCGAGGACGAGCAAGACGACCAGCCUUGCAUCUCCUGGAGCGGCCUUAGCAAGACCAUCCCAGUUCUCCUGUUUUUCCCUGAAGCUGUUGUUUUAAAAGAUGGGAAUAUCUGCUCAGUUGGAGAGCGAUACAACUUGGCCUUCAAGAUCGUGCGCACAGAGAGCCGCCUGGUGCGAGGGAUACUUGCCAAUCAUGGGUUCCGUGAGGUUCAUCCAAACUGUAAUGACUUUAACCUCAUGUGGACCGGAUCUCACCUCAAGCCUUACAUACUACGCAGCCUCCAAGACUUCCAGAAGGUCAACCACUUUCCCAGGUCCUAUGAAUUGACACGAAAAGACCGUCUCUACAAAAACAUCCAGCGAAUGCAGCAGACUCAUGGCUUCAGAAACUUCCACAUCGUUCCCCAGACCUUCGUGCUUCCCUCCGAGUACCAGGAGUUCUGCCAUAGCUUUGCCAAGGACAAGGGCCCAUGGAUUAUUAAACCAGUAGCAUCUUCUAGAGGGCGGGGCAUCUACCUGGUCAGCAAUCCAAAUCAGAUUUCAAUGGAUGAAAACAUCUUGGUGUCUCGCUAUAUAAACAACCCGCUAUUGAUAGAUGAGUUCAAGUUUGACGUGCGGUUGUACGUGUUGGUAACAUCAUACGAUCCACUCAUCGUCUAUGUGUAUGAGGAGGGCCUAGCGAGGUUUGCCACAGUGAAGUAUGACAGGACUUCAAAGAGCAUUAAGAACACAUUCAUGCACCUCACCAACUACAGUGUCAACAAAAAGAGCAGCGAUUAUGUCAGUUGCGACGACCCUGAAGUUGAGGAUUAUGGGAACAAAUGGAGUAUGAGUGCAGUGUUGAGGUAUUUGAGGCAAGAGGGGAAGGACACCACAUUGCUGAUGAGGCAGGUGGAAGACCUCAUCGUCAAAGCUGUCCUGAGCGCUGAGCUUCAUAUAGCCACUGCCUGCAAGACGUUUGUUCCCCACAAGACAAACUGCUUUGAACUGUAUGGUUUUGAUGUGCUCAUUGACUCCAACCUCAAGCCCUGGCUGUUAGAGGUGAACCUCUCUCCCUCCCUCGCCUGUGAUGCGCCCUUGGAUCUGAAGAUAAAGGCCAGCAUGAUUGCAGACAUGUUUUCGCUUGUGGGAUUUGUGUGUCAGGACCCUCUGACGAGACUGCCACGCUCCGAGCGUGUCACCCUGGACCCCAGCCUCAAGCACCCAGCAGCCCCAAGAACACAGAAACCUUUUUCUGCACCGACAGCCGCUGCACACAGCAGAGCGCGACAGAAGCCUGCAUCAGCCAGUAGCUCUGAAACAGAGGGGUCGAAAGACAAGCAACAAGGUCAAGGAGAUAGCACUCUGAGCCUGACUGCAGAGGAGAUCAAAGUGCUGCGGAGGAUAAAGGAAGAGUACGAGAGACGAGGAGGCUUCGUCAGGAUCUUUCCCACUGCAGAAACAUGGGAGCUCUACAGUGGAUAUCUGGAGUCCAAGACAUCAUUGAACUACAUGUUGGCUAACAGACUUUUCCAUGGAAGGAAUGUGAAUGAGAAUGUGCAGCUGCAGGUGGACGCCGUCCAUCGCUGUCACGUUGUGCAGUAUGAGAGGAAGCUGCUGUCUCUCGAGGCUCGUAAGAGGAGACAGCGCCACCUGACUCAUCGCUCUGCUGCGGGGAAGAAAAAAUCGGGGAAGGAAUCCAAGGCCUCCCCGGCCGACGGCGGCAGUCGGGGGGGAGAGGAGUGCGCUCCGAAGGAAAGAGGGGAGGUGAAGCAAGCUCUUGAGCCAGUCUCACACAAGGCUUUGGUAGCAGAGCAAAGAAAACAAGUGGCCACACCACUGGAGCGCUGCCACAGUGAGACUCUGUCCAGCUCAGAGGCAGCCUCGCACAACACCAGGCCCAGAGUCAACCUGCUCAACAUCCUUCAGCGGGGGUGGGACCUCAGUAAGGUGCAGGCGCGGAUUGCCUUUUCCUCGUACCUGCAGCGAGUCCAGCAAAGACUGUUGGCAGAGAGCCGAGCCAACACCAUCCCAGCUUGGCCAGACAAAGACAACGACCAAAUGGAGCUGGUGAUUCGCUUCCUGAGAAGAGCAGCCAGUAACCUUCAGCAAGACAUUAACGUGGUGUUGCCCAGUCGCCAGUUACCACUCCAAGACCGCAGACGCAUCCUGUCCCACCAGUUAGGAGAGUUUAUCCAAUGUUACAACAAGGAAACUGAACACGUGGUGAAAAAACAGGAGAAGAGCAAAGAGGAGCAUUGUGUCAACCCCAGUGUAUUUCAGGAGUACAUCUCUGCAGCAAGUGAAAAUGAUCUGGAGGAAGUACUGACAUUCUACACACAGAAAAAUAAAUCAGCCAACGUCUUCCUCGGAACAAAAGUCAGGAGUGUUAAGAAAGACGUUCAUGAAAUAAAUGCCUCGGGAGAUUCUGGCAGCUGUGAGAAUUCCAAAACUCUGCCUGUGGCCAAAGAGGAUUCCAGCAAUUCAGAGUCCUUGCUCUCCACGGGGAAAGCCAGCGGUGACCCAGACAUCAAGGCCACUGAGAGUCAACCUUCUGUACGUGCACUGUCUGAAGAACAACAGGCAGCGGUUGGAACCGGUAAAGCCCAGCCAGAUGUCCAGGCGUCUCAGCACUGCUCCGGCUUUCCUGUGACUUUAGACUGCACACAUAUUCAUCUGCAGCACCGCUUUCCUGCGCCAACAUCCCUCCCUCUUCACUGUCCGCCGCCGCCGCCUCCUCCUCCUCAGCCCCCGUCCUAUGCACAGUGCUUGGCGAAGUCCCAGUUCUGCCGUUCUGAGACUCUUUCGGACCCUCCUGCGUACACCUCUGUCCCUAUGGUCACCCAACCCCAGAGAACAAUGUGGACAGCUGUUUCCAGUGGCUCGAAUACAGCCUCAACUUCUCAGCCAACCCAGGUGCUCAGGAGGAUUCAGUCCUUUACCUCAUCAACACCCGGCUCUGGGGCAGCCUCAUCCAUCCCGAGUCCCAUGCACAUCUCUAGCCAGAAGUUCUGUAGACCCACAUCUACAGGCCAAGUCAACAACAGGAACAGUUCCAGUAAGCUAAAGUCAAACUCAGCCGGGGCCUUUAAGGAGAUAAACUCCCUGUCUGCCCAGGCCCAGUCCAACCAGCAGGCCUUCAUUUCAGCCCUGCAGAAGCUGGCUGACAAGCAGGUUGCUCGCCGCUACGCCAGCUCUAGUCACAUCAACCUGCUCACACAACAUUUGACCAAUCUGAACCUGACCAACAGGAUGUUGAGCAGAGAGUGCCUCACACUGACCCCUAAAGUGCGGCACCCUGGCGCUACAACCCAAGGGCCAGUGAAAGCUGUUCACGCAGGAGCCGAUCUACUUAGCAGCGCUAGCCACAGGCCACCGAAGGAAGACGAGGGUCUUUGGGAUGGGCAAAUGCAAAAUGCCUAUAGCCUGGUGACAGGGGUGAACCCCCAGCAGCACUACCAGCCCACCCAGGGAAGCUACCAGCUUCAGUUUGCUAUCCAGCAACUGCAACAGCAGAAACUUCAGAAGCAAAAAUUCGUGGACCUGAGCCAUUGCAGGCACCAGGCUCAAUUUCCAGAGCAGAGGAGUGCUCCACUCACCCAGGCUCCCACAAGUUCAUCCAGCUAUCCUCCAUCCAGCCUUCACGUUUGGCCCAAUCACAGCCAUGGCCACGGCCACAUCCAGACCUAUGUUGGUCCUGUUCUCGCCCCGAAGCCACCCAGCAGCGCUCGGGAAGGACAGAUCAGGAAAACGGCAACAAAACGCCUCAUCAAGCAGACGUCCUCGGAGAGUUCAGCCAGUGGAAGCGUGACCAGCGGCCAGCAUAUGGUCUACGAAGCCAUCGGCGGUAAAACAGGUCUCUCUGUGUACCGCAAGCUGUUCCAGGGCCAGGAGCCCAGUCACAGAUGACAUGAAGGCGACCAGAGGCAUGUCCCGCCGCUCUGCUGGCCCGACAGGUGUCUCUGCAUGUAACCGCAUCCUCACAGAGGUGUAUUCUGGGAAAAGGACAACAGCAACAGAUGAAAGCAUGCCAGACAUCGAACAGGGUCCUAUUAAUUUCUCUAUGAUACAGCCACAGACAUGCGAGGGGACAGUCUGCCAGGCCAGGAAUUCCCGGCUUUGACGCAGGUCGGGAUUUUAUUGCGCAGCAUAACAUCAGAAGGCCUUUUCAGCUCUUCGCCCCCCUCCUCCCGUCAUCCCCAUUGGUAGGUUCAGUCAAUAUUCCAACAGAUGCCCGCCCUCAUUCUCUCCAUGCUACCGAUGCCACAGAGUGAUUUCAUUGACAGAUAGACUUCAGCAGAUGGUUCUUCGAGCACUUUUAACAAAAGGAUUCAACAUUUUAUUCUUUGCUCACGCGGUGUUCCACUAGCCAUUAUUCCGUAAAAUGUUAUUCAGACAGCUGACAUGGCUGUUUUCUUAUAAAUGUUUUUUGGACAAGUAGUAUAGGGAUUGCCGAUGCAGCUUCUCUUCUCCCUGCCAUGAGCGGUGAUCAUGCAGAGAGGCUCCUUUAAUGUGUGGCUCCUGGCUGCAGGCACUCCCAGCUCCUUGUUGGAGGCCAAACAGUUGCCAAGUCAGAUUCUAUGGCCAUUGUCUAAGAAUGUGUUAAAGUAGAGCAUCCUUCACUUGUGGGCCUGAAAAGGAAAAAUUCUGAAAGUUAGAGCUCAAAUAAGAUCGCAUGCUGCCUUGCUCCCUGUCUUCCAGGACGCAGUCCGAACUGUUGAAGGCGGUUCAUGUUUUAUAGCAGAAAUACAGUGAGCUUGUUUUUAUUCCUGUAAAACUGUUGAGAUGUUUAUGUUGUUUCCCUUUGAUGGACCAAAUUUUAUAUAUUUGUUAUGACUAGUAAAUUAUUGUUAUUGCAUCAGUAUGUAUUUAUUGUACGUACACUGUCCAUCGAUAGGUCUUCUCGGACAUUCCUGUAGCUCAAAGCAUAAUUUAAAGAGGAAUUAUUGUUAUGCACAGCCUCGCCUACACUGGAGGUUAAUGCUGCACCAGCAGACCAAUAUCCUCGCGGAUACUCUGUUUCUUGGGAGUUCACUCAGGGCGUGUUAAAAGAAUAACAAAUCUCUGUUAUAUAUAUCAAUAGAUUCAGCAUAUGUUUAUGAUGACCUUGUCAGAAAAACUUGAAUUUCAUGCAUGCAUUCGUCAUAUCAACUGCUCCAUCAGGCUGGUUUUGCAGAGAUUGUAGAUUUCAAAUCGGUACAACAGAACUGUUUUUAUUACACUUGAUGGAAUUUGAUUCUCUUCUUUGUUGUUGCAGUGAUUGUUUCUAAACUUCAUGUUGUGGAUUUACUACUAACUGUCAAAGCCAUUGCACGCUGUAUUUCAAGAAUCCAGUCCAAAUCAGUGCUUGUGAUCUCCUGUGGUGAUACAACAUUUUUUUUACAGUCUAAUAUUUGAAUGUGUUUUGUUCCUGAUCAUUUACAAUCGACAUGCAUGAAAAAGUGAUUUUUUUUUUUGGAGACAUUUGGGCAAUUUGUAGCAAGCAAGAUUGACAUGGCAAACCUAGAAAACAUUGAAACGCACUGAUCAUGUCAGUGAAUGUAUUUGUUCACCUCAUGUACUGUACACUGGAAGUUGUCAAUCACUGGAGAGGUUGUGUUCACUUUGGUCAUUUCAAUUUACCACAUGACCCUUUAAGAUAAAGUUUACCAUGCGUAAAAACUGAACAAUAAAUGAAAAUCGAACGAUUCUA